AUGUUUGGCUCAACCUACCAGCUCUGCAGCACAGGGAACGUCGCCAUACCGGGUGACUGGUCCAUGAGCCCAACUCGGGCUGCUUGUCGUGCUCAGGAAAAUACCCAGGGUGAGUCUUCUGUUUCUGAAUCUUUGUCUGACCUUCCUUCCCUGCCUCUAGACAGCAUGGCCCUUGAUGGAGGGCGUGCUGACAGUGGUGCUGACGAGCACACUGUUGUGAAUCUGGAUCCCGCCGAUGAGCUGUCGACUGGGGAUAGGAGCGCUGACCAUCCCAGAGUGGAUAUGGGUCAAGACACUGAGACUGGACCCCGUAUGCCGGAGGUUCCAGUGAUGGAGCCACCUUCUGAGGUCGUUUCCGAUACAGGUCCCCAGGAGGGUGAUCCUGUGAUGCUACCAGAGCAUAACAAUCCGGUUCUGACCGGGGGUGAUCCCCAAGGAGAGGGUGAUUGGAUGACGGUCACUGGGAGAUCACCUCGUUGUAGGACUAGCACGUCCUCAGCUACUAGUAGUACUGAUAAUGUACUCACACCUUCACACAAUAGAUUUGUUGUUCUUGAUGAGGAACAUCUGCAUGAACAGCCUGAGCUGACAUCCGCACAAUUAAGUACCAUUCAACAGGCUGAAGCCUUGAUACCUGAUGAGACCAAGGAAAUCAUGGACAGACAUAGGGAGGCUAUGGGAUUGGCCAAUCAACCAGUGCCUUCCUCUUCUCCAGAUGCCAGACCUCAGGAUAAAGGCAAAAUAGUUGACUACCACAAUAAACUUGCCAUGCUUCCAGGAUUCACUAGUAAUGACUUCAAUGUUAACAACCAACAUCGAGCUCUUAGUUUCUGGGAAGCACUUCAGAAUGAAUCGACUGAGGUACAAUGCUUAUUGCUUGAAGAAGCUGCUACUCGAUUACAAUGA